GACAUCCAGUACACGAAGAGCUUGGGAACAGGUGUUGUUGAGGAGGACAGUGCCAUGACCUUUCCGUUUUGCCUCAUUGAGGUGGCUGGUGAAGACUUGGCAAGUAACCCCGGGUGGCUUGAGGAUCUUAGCCAGAAUGCAAGUCUGCGCCAGAUUCCGAAUUUCAACGUCGGUACCCACGUCCUGGCGAACUUGUAUCAUGACAAGAUUUCUCCCGUCCCCCAGUGGUACGAGACUUUCUCUGAGACAGAGAGCGCCGAAAAGCAGGACCUGAACUUUGCUCUCCAGAGCCGAGCAGAUGCGCGCGAGGCGCAAGAGGCUGCGGCCAACACACAGGCUUGGAGGCAAAGCAUUCGCCUGGUGGCACCGGAGAUUCCUGCUCAGGCUGUGUUGAGUCAGGAGGACACCCGCAUCAUCGAGCCCAAGAAUCUUUUGGCUUCGGAAAGGACCAUGCUGGAGUGGAUGCACACCGUCUUUGCGCUGGCUGUGAUAGCUAUAGGCCUAUGGCGAUAUAGCCUCACUGGACACAUGCAUCAUACGAAGGGUUUGGACAAUUCCGAGGAAGUUCGUGGAGUGUGGAUCAACACCUCGAGCAAGUCGCGAGUCGUGCUAGGAUGCUACGCUCUUUUCCUGGUGCUGCUUUCAGUUUGCUUCGCCUGGUACGCUGUGGCUUCGCGGUCAUUUGAGCAGUAG